UUCGAGAAAAAAAAACAGAAGACUGAGAGUCAACGUAAAGACUAUAGUAUCAGAUGAUGUUCCUCCUAUGACUGAACCAAUUAUGUGUCUAUCGAAUUGUUCGAAUUCUAUUAUCCAAGUUAUUCUACCAAGCAGUGAAUCACAGCACGUGAAAAAGAAAACAGAUGAAACUUUAACAGAUGAAGUACCACACAGUAUCCAUAUUGAGACAUUUAGCAUGUCCAAUUGUCAAAAAUGUGCAGUUCACAUUGGUUCCUCUAUCGGCAAUGAAUAUAAUGUUAACAAUACAGGCUUAAUGAAGUUCGAUCUAUCUGGUGAUUCAAGUAUGAAAACAACAACAAACAGACGUUUCAAGUUGUUAUUGAUGUCAAGCUGGAGCAGAGACCACGUUCGAUGCUGGAUCAUGAAUAUUAAUCUACCAAGUUAUGUAGCAAAUCAAUUUUACCAAGAACAUGUCAAUGGUCUUAUGUUAAAGAUGUACAAGAAAAAGCAUUUAAAAAGGGAUUUCCAUUUGUACACGUCAAAUUGGCGUCUUAUUUUAUAUCUGAGAAAAAAAUGGUUGAAAAUAGAAAAAGUUCCUCAAAUAACAAGUUUGUAUUCACGUUCAGAAAACAUUUCGGUACCUGCGUCUUUUACUUAUGACAUGGUUAUAGCUAAUGACAAUAUCAAAGACAUAAUAUUACAUUUAAACUCAAAGUUGAGGUCAUUUCAAGAUUCAUUUACGGAAUUUAAUAUUUCAGAAUUAAAUUAUUUGCAUCGCGGUGAUUUACGUGUUACGUCAAAAAACUUUGAAUCAGAAUUCGUUGAAAUAUUGAACACGGGAAAAAACAACUUAAUAGUCGGCUUUAUAAAUGUAACACAGUGUACUUUAUGUGACAACUUUAUAGAACAAUUGAGUGAAAUGUUGAGAAAAGUUCAAGAUACUAAUCUAAAGAGUUUUAUACUUGGCGAAUUCAAUUUGCAUAACAGUUCGAGAAAGUUGCUUCUUUAUGAGAAAAAUGUCAUAGGUGCUCUGACAGAUAAUUUGUUUUUCCGACUAAGAACUGAAAGUGUUUUCAUAGGAACCUCAAUUCUAUUUGAUGAAGUUAUAACAAAUGACACGCGUGUGUUUAGUUACGAUCAUGGAAGUUAACAUUAAAAACGAAAAAAAUAAACAUUGUGAAGAUACUGCAGGUACAUUAUGAAAAGCAAACGGAAGUGUAACGUGGAUUUUAGAAUUUUAAAUUUGAAUUUAGACUAAUGUUAAUUCAGACCAAAGCUACGAAAACCAAUAACUUUUGAUUUAAACAUCUUUCGUCGUAGCAAGGUUGACUCAGCCUUACAUCCUUUCGGGGUAGUUAAAAUGAGUACCAUUCCAAAUUUGGAUUGGAGUGGGCAAAACAGAAAAUAUAUGGACUUUUUAUAUGGAAACUAACAGGCAAUAUGUGAUACAUUAAAUAAAAAGCUACACAAGAGGCAACAUUGUUUUGUUUUGUGGCAAGGUCAACUCAGCCUUACAUCCUUUCGGGGUAGUUAAAAUGAGUACCAUUCCAAAUUUGGGAUGGGCAAACAAGAAGAUAUUUUUGGAUCGUAGAGUUUUUGUGAUGAAGAUGACAAUGUUUUUUUAAUUGAAUUGAAUUGAAUUGAAUAGUUGAAGUCGAUUAUAUAAUCAUACAUUAUUAAGCGGAUGAGUCCGUCCAUUUCCGAAAUUGGCAGUCGCUAACUGUGACUGUGACAGGUCUAUUUUGAAAACAAAACGAAAGAACAAACCUUGGAGUUGAUAAUGAUACGUUGUGAGAUUUGCAUUGAGCAGUCUUUUCUUCAAAGAAUGUGCAAAAUGUUGUGUAGUCAUUAUUCAAUAAAGAGAGUGAAAGACAAGUA